GGCGCCCCCGCGCAUCCUCGGGCUCGUCGUUCGCUCCCUGGACCCCAAGGUUACAGCCGAGGAGGACAGGGCUGGGACGGGCACCGUCAGGAGGCGCCGCGUUCCUCAGACGACAGCGUCUCCAAAAGUGGCUCACAGCCAGGGUGCACAGCGCGCCCCGACAGGCAGUGCCUCUGGAGACCUUAAGGCGAUCGGUGGCUGAGAGACCAAGAGGGAGGAAGCACAGAAUCCUAGAUUCCAUCCAGUCUGCCCAUGAGUAGAAGCAAAUGCCCAGUGGGACUGAUGCCUUCCGUGGUGGCCCCGGCUAAGGAGCCCAACGCCCUGUGCCCGAAGGCGGUGGAACUUGUCCUGGUCAAGGAACAGAAUGGGGUGCAGCUCACCAAUUCCACCCUCGUCAACUCCCCACAGACCCCCGUGGAGCCCCAGGAACGGGAGACCUGGAGCAAGAAGAUAGACUUCCUCCUCUCGGUGAUUGGCUUCGCAGUGGACCUGGCCAACGUCUGGCGGUUUCCCUACCUGUGCUACAAAAACGGCGGGGGCGCCUUCCUGGUCCCCUACCUGCUCUUCAUGGUCAUUGCGGGGAUGCCGCUCUUCUACAUGGAGCUGGCCCUCGGGCAGUUCAACAGGGAGGGAGCUGCCGGCGUCUGGAAGAUCUGCCCUGUACUCAAAGGUGUGGGCUUCACGGUCAUCCUGAUCUCGCUCUACGUUGGCUUCUUCUACAACGUCAUCAUCGCCUGGGCGCUGCAUUACUUCUUCUCCUCUUUCACCAUGGAGCUGCCCUGGACCCACUGCAACAACACCUGGAACAGCCCCAACUGCACAGACUCCUACUUCGGCAACACCAGUGACGGCUCGAGCCUCAACGACAGCUUCAGGACCACGCCUGCCGCCGAGUACUUUGAGCGCAGCGUGCUGCACCUCCAUGAGAGCCGCGGCAUCGGUGACCUGGGCCCUCCCCGCUGGCAGCUCACAUCCUGCCUGGUGCUGGUCAUCGUCCUGCUCUACUUCAGCCUGUGGAAGGGGGUGAAGACUUCGGGGAAGGUCGUGUGGAUCACGGCCACCAUGCCAUACGUGGUCCUUUUCGCCUUGCUCCUGCGAGGAAUCACUCUCCCUGGAGCCAUGGACGGCAUCAGGGCGUACCUGAGCGUUGACUUCCGUCGGCUCUGUGAGGCGUCCGUUUGGAUCGAUGCUGCCACCCAGAUAUGCUUCUCACUGGGCAUUGGGUUUGGGGUGCUAAUCGCCUUCUCCAGUUACAAUAAAUUCACCAACAACUGCUACAGAGACGCCAUCAUCACCACCUCGGUCAACUCCCUGACGAGCUUCUCCUCGGGAUUCGUGGUCUUCUCCUUCCUGGGGUACAUGGCCCAGAAGCACAGUGUGCCCAUCGGGGACGUGGCCAAGGAUGGUGAGUCCCCCGAGGGCAGGCUGCGGCCCCCACACUUCCACCUGCUCCAGGCCAGUUCUCAAAAGGUGCCUCUUUUCUUCAUCAUGCUGCUCACCCUGGGGAUCGACAGUGCCAUGGGCGGGAUGGAGUCAGUGAUCACCGGGCUCAUUGAUGAGUUCCAGCUGCUGCACAGGCACCGGGAGCUCUUCACCCUCUUCAUCGUCCUGGUCACCUUCCUUCUCUCCCUCUUCUGCGUCACCAAUGGUGGCAUCUAUGUGUUCACUCUGCUGGACCACUUUGCAGCCGGCACAUCCAUCCUCUUUGGGGUGCUCAUCGAGGCCAUCGGGGUGGCCUGGUUCUACGGCGUGCGGCAGUUUAGCGAUGACAUCAAGCAGAUGACCGGGCAGCGGCCCAGCCUCUACUGGCGGCUGUGCUGGAAGUUCGUCAGCCCCUGCUUCCUCCUGUUUGUGGUCGUGGUCAGCAUUGUGACCUUCAGGCCCCCGCACUAUGGAGACUACGUCUUCCCCGAGUGGGCCAACGCACUGGGCUGGUCCAUCGCAGCGUCCUCCAUGUCCAUGGUGCCCAUCUACGCGGCCUACAAGUUCUGCAUCCUGCCCGGGUCCCUGCGGGAGAAAGUGGCCCACGCCAUCACCCCCGAGAAAGAGCGCGAGCUGGUGGACAGCGGGGAGGUGCGCCAGUUCACGCUGCGCCACUGGCUCAUGGUGUAGCGGGGAGUGGAGAAGGAAGGCCCUGGGCAGCCGUCCCUGUGGGAGAGACGCAAGCCAAGACGGAAAAGCCGAGCUCGGACAGAAAGGAGGGCUGCUCCACUA